AUGUUGACCCCCAGGAAGCAUGUGGCAGUGCCUGGAGAUGUUUCCCAUCAGGAAUACUGUGGGAAAAAGGAGUUCUCCUGUCAUGGAGAGAGAGGGCCAGCACGCCUCCUCCCCUUAGUUGGACUCCUGUUCUUUUCCUUUAUUCCAAAACAAUUGUGCAAGAUUUUCGAGGUAAGUGAAGAAAGCUACUUCCUUCUAAACCCUCUGUUGAAUACAAUGACCCAUUCAAAACACACCAGGGGAACACAAUCUUCUUAUGUCCUGCUGUCUCUCAGACUUUCUGGGGUCCAGACCCAAACUCUAAUCCAUUCAGGGUUAAAUUUAAACUCAGGACAGCUUGCUUUGAUUACACUGGCUAUGGGAGCACGUCGUACCCCUGAUGAAAUCAUAUAUGAUAACCAUCUGCUCAGCCACUUAGAAAAUAAAUUCCAAGCAGAAAUGGAAAAUAUGGCAUUUCUUCUCUUCACUGUCUUUCUGAGGCAUAUGAUCACUCUUACUAAGUGCUCCCCACUCAUCUUGGAUGUACUGACCUUGUGCCUGUGCCAUGGAUGAUGCUCCACCACCCAGAUUGCUGAACUCUUUGCUCCUGAAAAUAAAAAUUAUUAUUUCCAUUGCCACCUUGUAUGCAACCAGCCAUCUUGCAUUUUCCAGCUCUGUCACUCUCAGAGCACUGAAAGUCCCACAUCCCAGAAAUUCCCUCAGUCCAGGACAAACUUGUGUAGAGGCUCACCAGAGUUUCCCUUCCCGACAGACACCAGGGCAAUGGCUGUUUUGGCCCUGACAUGUGUGAAGACAGUUGUAACAUGUGGACAGACAGAGACAGAUACAGAAGAUUUAAGCAGCCUCUAUAAUCAUAUAGGGUCACUGGUAAAAAUGAUUUUGUCUGAGAAAAAAGAAAAUGAUCUUGUUGGAAACACAUUUAGCACUGGAGCCGCUUUGCAGACGUUCUUCAUCUCAUCAGUUUACAAAGAAAGUGAGUCGAAUUGCCAACAAACUCUAGAUACAGUACUUAAGGAGAUUUCUCAGGGAGUGUUUGAUAUUCCAGCUGCUGAGGCUCCUAUCUCUGCCCUUGUGGGGAAGACCUACCUGGAUGUCAGCCAAGACUCUUCUUGUGCCAGUCGCUUAGGGAACUCCCAUAUCUCCAGUCAUAAGCCUACAUCUAUCACACCUCUUAACUCACCCUUAGAUACAUCCGUCCAUUACUCUGUGAAAAUCAGUAUAUACUCCACCAGCAUCACCAUGCCCAUUGGCUCUGUCUUCCUAGAUGUGAUGGAGGAAGCUCAGAAAAAGAAUGAGACUAUUUGA